AUGGAGAAGCAAAGUUGUGGUCCUAUUUUGCUAGCUCUGGUUCUCUGCAUCAGCCUAACCUCAGUUGUCAACGCACAGCAGUGCGGAAGGCAAAGGGGCGGAGCGUUAUGUGGCAACAACUUAUGUUGCAGCCAAUUCGGGUGGUGUGGAUCGACACCCGAAUAUUGUUCACCUAGCCAAGGUUGCCAGAGCCAGUGCAGUGGAAGUGGACCAGCUCCAGGCCAAGGGGGCAGCGCGCAAAACGUUCGUGCAACAUAUCAUAUAUAUAACCCACAGAAUGUUGGGUGGGAUUUGAAUGCUGUUAGCGCUUACUGUUCAACUUGGGAUGCUAAUAAGCCUUUGUCCUGGCGGAAGAAGUAUG